AUGAGCGAAUUGCAAGGCCCUGAAGAAGAGACAGAAGUCUGCACCCAAACCCUUAGAGACGCCAUCAAUGCAGCAAUCUCUCAUGUCAUUGGGUCUCGCGAGCUAACAGAUUAUCUGCUGCCUCUGUGGGGCUUGGAGGGGGUGUACGUCCCCCUGUUGGUGUGUGGUGUGUCUCCUGAGCCGAGCAUUAGCAGUUUGAACAGAAACAGCAGAAACAGCAGCAGCAGCAGCAGCAGCAGCAGCAGCACGUCUGCAAUGCCUUGGCCGCUGCGAGAAGAGCUUCACGACGACGACUUGCUGCAGCAAAUAUUAAGAAGAGGCUCUGUAACGGUCGCAACGAUUGGGAAGGAGACAGCUUCAGGUGUAGUCGGCUGUAACAACGGCUUAGAAGGAGACUACUCAGGCAACGUAGCGACAGGUUUUUUUCCUGAUUACAUGCGCUCUCUGUGGGAGUGGAUAGGGAGUCAGUAUGGUGCAGACAUUUACGUUUUUUAUCGCUUUUACCCUUCUCUUGAAGACGCUCAAAGAGCUGUUGUAUGCUCUUCAUGUACAGUCAAAGCGGCAGUCAUAAUUCCUUUGAAGGUCUUGUAG